AUAAAUUAAAAAGUUAGCAAAUAGGAUGGACAUAACCCAGCACUUUAAGGCGAGUGUCAUGGCGGUGCGCCUGCAGCGUAAGACUGAGCUGGCUUCGUCCGGCAAAGGCAAGCCCACGGCAGGACCAACGAAGCCUACUGGACCCCGGGAUGACUUCGCCAUUGAGGCCAAAAAGGUGUGCAACAAGAUCACAGAUCUGCGCAAUCUUCUCAUAGAGAAUCGCACUGCCUACAUGAGGAUUGGCCAGCACCUGAAGAGUGCGGCGCACAUGACAGAUGCCCAACGCAAUUUAAUCGAUCGGGAAUCGGAGAAAUUCGUUGCAGUCUACACGCAGCUUCUGGCCAAGAUGCGUAUCGAAUGGAAGAGUGUGAAGCGGAAGCCCCAGGAGCAGCAGCACAUCGAGGCCGUGCUCGACUUGUUGGUGAGCUAUCUGCACGGCGUGGAGCAGAUAUAUCUGGAUCAGAAAAAGUACCGUGUCCAGCAUGAACUAGAGACAUACAGACUGCUCAAGCUGGCGGCAGACAAAAAGAAGAUACCCGUCCGUCCAGCGGGCGGACAAAGUGCUAAGAUCGGUAAGCGCCAGAUCAGCAAUGGCAGAGCCGAAAGCAAUGAGGCGUCGCCGUCGGACGAUGGCGCUCCCAACGACUUCGGCGACAACGAUUGGAACACCGAUGGGUGGGGCGAAUGGGAUGACGACGAAGAUGAGAAUGUGAAUGAUGAUGAUAGACAGCUGGAGAGCAGUGCACCUCGGUCAACGCGACACAAGUCGCGAACGCGAAAGCACAGCAAGGACAAGAAGGCUGCCCCAAACGACUCUUCGGCCAAGGUGGCACUGGAUGAGGAUAUUCACAAGUCCGCACAGGAGCUGGGUGACGAAGAGGAUUCCCUGAGCGCGGAGGAUGUACAGCUGUUUGAGGCUGAGAAUGUCCACAUAUAUAAUUUCCUGCAAGGGCUCUCCGAGGAGGUAGAGCAGAUUGGGAAGAAUGUGGUGGACAUAGCCCAGCUGCAGGAUAUUUUUACCGAGAAAGUCGCCAUGCAGCAGCACAACAUCGAUCGGAUCGUCAGUGCCGUUGUGGGCAGCACGGAGAACGUCAAAGAUGCCAACGAGCAGAUCCGCCAGGCAACCCAACGAAACGCCUCCGUUCGUGUCUAUUUCCUGUUCUUUUUGAUUGUUAUGUCGUUCUCCUUGCUGUUCCUGGACUGGUACUACGACUAGGACAGGCCUGAGGAGAGCCGCAGUAAAACACGUUUUAUUUAAUCGUUGGAUCGUACUAAUCGACAUAAUUCGUUUAUUGUAUAGUUUAUAAAUAAAAGGAGAAAUGAAAGUGUGA